AUGAGUCUCACUGAAGUGUGCAGUGGCACUCUUUCCUUCUCAUUGUGUUUUAAGGAUCUUACGAUGAGUAAGACAAUUGGAAUUGCCAAGGAACAAGGCAGGUCAUAUUAUCAACAGACAAUGGGGAUGAAGGAUGUGCCUUGCAGAAGAUUUAAUAGUUCAGGAAAGGGACUGUUGAUUAAGAGGGGGGGCAAGAGAUUUGCGGGCUUCGUGGCUGCUCCUCUGUUGCGAGACAACCUCUAUUUUGCAACUUUUGACAAGGACCAUGGUGGUGAAGAAGAGGUGGCCGAUUGCGGGAGAAAGAGGAUAGGGUCUUUAUUUUCUUGUCAUAUUGGAGUAAAUGUGGCGUAUACUUCAAGGGAAAGUUGGUUGUUAAGAAAUGUACAAGAGUAUGCUGAAACUGAAGCUUGUGUGAUAGUUAAAAGGGUGAAUUUCAACCGCUUAGGCAUUUGCUGGUUGAGGUUCUAA